GGCAGAUUCUCAUUACAAAAAGCAAUGUGGAUUUUUAGUCGCACAAAAAAGUUUGUUCUUUGUAGUUUGUUUGUUCAUGUUUGUCGUUUACAACGUCUUUCAUAAGCUUUAAGGAUGGGACAAUUUCAUAUCCUCCAUUUUUUUACAGCACUAAUUGUAAGGUCUUACAAAUGGCUGGAAUUGAAUUUCCUCAAAAUAUUUACUUCGUGUAUCGAGAGGAAAAUUCGGGAGACUUAUCAAGCUGUUGGUGUCAACUUUUGGGGGGCUGCUGUUACUGAGAACUUGGUAAUCACGGACAAAAAUGGAAACACGAACCUAGUCAAACCUAAAAGGAAUUCAUGGGACUUUGUUAUCCAUUCGCGGAAAUUUUUCUCGCUUGUUGCGAAUCAUGCAAGCCUUGGAAUGGCCGAAACAUACAUGGAUAAUAUGUGGGAUUGUGACGAUUUGGUUGAGUUGAGUUAUCGUAUUAUGAAGAACGGACUCUACAUGGAAUAUUUGAAUGGAUUCAACCGUUUCCUAAAUUACGUGGAAUUGUCAUUCUUCAACCUUCAAUCAAAGGCCAGAGCCUUUGAAGUAGGAAAAAAGCACUACGAUAUCGGAAAUGAUCUUUUUGAAUCCUUCCUCGAUGAGCGAAUGACCUACAGCUGCGGAUACUGGGCCAAUGCGACGACGCUUGCAGAAGCUCAGGUCGACAAAAUGGAGCUGAUUGCACAGAAGCUCAAGCUCAAACCAGGAAUGCGAGUGCUGGAUAUCGGGUGUGGUUGGGGUGGUCUGUGCAAAUAUCUGGCAGAAAAACAUGGCGUGAAAUGUGUUGGGAUCUCAAUCUCGGAAGAAGGUGUGAAAUAUGCUAAUUUAGACAUAAACGGACUCCCUGUGGAAUUUAGACUCAUGGAUUAUCGGGAUAUAAAUGAGACUUUCGAUCGUGUGGUGAGUGUGGGGAUGAUGGAACACGUAGGAAAACACAACUACCGAACUUUCUUCAAGGUUGUUCACCGAUGUUUGAGUGAUGAUGGCAUCUUCCUUUUGCAUACAAUUGGCAAUAAUCAUCCCGACAUUCCUGGAGUUGAACCGUUUUUCCACACAUACAUUUUUCCGAAUGCCUACCUUCCAUAUUACAAAGACAUUGCCAAGUUUACUGAAGGCUUGUACGUUGUUGAAGAUUGGCAUAAUUUCGGAUUUGACUACAGUAAAACCUUACUCGCUUGGAAAGAGAAUUUUGACAGAAAUUGGCCCAAAAUCUCAGACAAAUACGGGGAACGAUUCUACCGAAUGUGGUCAUAUUAUCUUCAAUUUUCUGCUGGAGGGUUUCGUAGCAGAAGAAUACAACUGUGGCAGGUUGUUCUAUCGAAGACUGGCUGUGAGGGUGGUUACAUAUCCGUCCGUUAACCAAGAACAUCCUGCAUCAUUUUUAAUUCGAAUUUUAGAAAUUUCUCAAAAAUGCAUAGUUUGAUUUCAAAUUAUUACUGGUCAAGAAGUAGUUAUUGGGCUUUAAAACCCCCAAAAAUGUAUUCAAUUAAGCUGAUGGUUCUGGACAAAUUCAGAAUGAACUUUGAGCACGAACAAACAACAUGAAUGGUUACAUUUGUUAUAUUUAUACGUUUGAGAUUGCUUAUAUUUGUCUUGAAACGUUGUUACAGGACUGAUUGUAACAGCGAGAUUGUAUUUUACAAUAAGUCUUAUGCCCCCAAACUUGAGAAAUUUACAAUGUAAUUAUUUACUUCUUCAAGAGCUUUGAACUUCAACGUACAAAAACUAACUUUUUUGCGACAUUUAUAAAAUUCACAAAAUAAUUAUGUAUGAAAAUUAUGAUGACAACGAUAUCUUGUAUUAUUGUAGGAUUUAUAAAAUUUGUUACGAGGCAUUUAUUACUUUUUUACGAGAUACUAUACUGUAACGAUUUGUUUAGUUUAGUGUAUGUGUACAUAUGUACAUGCUUUCUGUAACAUGUUAUGUGAAAAAAGUGAAAUCCAAAUAUCAGUGUCAACAUGCUGUCCAGUCUCAAAAGCAAACUCGACAAUAGUUCAUCCAUAUAACUAUCUAACUACACACCUAAAUGUUACGAUCCUCCAAGUCAAUCCUCUAAAAUAAAUAUUACAAGUCAGCGUUAUGACCAUCGUUA